CCAAGGUUACAAAGUCAGCAGAGGGCCGGGCCAGAGUUCAGCCUAGGCUGAAAGACUCUCACGCGUUAGCCUGUGUUUUGGGAGCGCGAGUCUGCGCGGCGCAGGGCUGGUCUCGAGUCCUGGACCGAGAAGGGCCUGGCCCCCCACAGCCAGCCCCUCGCCCGACCUUGGCGCGGGCCACAGGGCGGAAAGGUGGUCUCGGGGAACCAAGACCUAGCUCCAAAAUCCAGGCUCCCCGCUCCCGGCUCCUGCUGGGGGCGGGGCCGGAGCCGAGCGACAGGCUAGCGGGCCAAUACCGGGCGGGCUCUAGAGCUGGUAGCCAAUCGAGGCCUGGGGGCGCGGAGCGGCCGGGAGGUGAGGUGCUGGAGCUUCGGGGCUCCCCCGAGGCUGCUCCGCUCGGCCUCGCCCCCGCCGGGCGCUCAGGCCCUGCCCACUCUGGCCCUGCCCACCGCAGUCCAGGCUGGAAAAGCCGGCGCUACCCGCUGCAGCUGCCCGGUACCUGCCCCGGCCCGCGGCUCGGAGUGUGCCGCGAGCGCUGACCUCAGGUCGUACCUGCAGCCCUGAGGGUUGCAGAACCUGAGGGUUUCCCCCUCGCCCCGCUCCGGCCUCCUGCCGGUCGCCACCACUCUUACACUCUCUGACAGCUCGGCGCCCCGGAGAGGAUUAAGUGUGAUCACUGGGAUCUCCUUCCCUACAAACAGGGGUGGCAAGGCUUCAUUUCCCUGUGCCUAAAUCCGCACAGGAACUGCCACUGCAUCCAGCUUGUGUCCUGAUGGCCUCUGAAUGUAUCCACACCCUGCCCUUGAACCUUUAUCUCCCCCAGGAGCUUCCGAGCUAGAGGGACUUCCCCUCUCAGCACCAGGCCCCGUCCUUAGCCUCACAUGUUUUUAUUCUUUUCUUUCCAGCUCGCAGGGAGGCAGGGAGCUCCCUUUACCCACGAGGUGGCCCUGCAGGUGGCCACUACGGGUGGCAGAAGCCCCGGCUAGGGCGCGCCGAUGUCCGAGGCGAGUGGACCAAUUGACUGGUGACGGGCAGUCUCUCGGUCAGGGCCCCUCCACGCCAGCAUGAACUCCAGGAUCCCUUCUGCUAGGGUUUGGCUCAGCAGCCGCCCACCCACUUCUGAACCUGGCCUGGCACCUGCCUCAGGUGGGCCAGCCUCUGAGACCACCACCCUCAGCCCAGAAGCCACCAGCUUUAAUGACACCAGAGUCCCUGACGUGGCCAAUGGCGCAGCCGGCGUGGGCACCAUGCUGUUGUCCUUUGGGGUCAUCACGGUGAUUGGCCUGGCUGUGGCGGUGGUUUUGUACAUCAGGAAGAAGAAGAGGCUGGAGAAGCUACGCCACCAGCUCAUGCCUAUGUACAACUUCGACCCCACGGAGGAACAAGACGAACUGGAGCAGGAGCUGCUGGAACACGGGCGGGACGCAGCCUCCAUGCAGGCUGCCGCCUCUGCACAGGCUGUACAGGGCAAGACCACUGUCCCCUCCCAGGGCCCUCUGCAGAGGCCCAGCCGGCUGGUGUUUACCGACGUAGCCAACGCCAUCCAAGCAUGAGUGGCCUGGGGACAGGCCUGGAACUCUGACAGACGUCCACCGUGGUGCCCGUAGGGCUGCCUGCUCGCUGAUUGUCAAGAUCUGUUCUCAGGACCUGCCCUGCCAAGUCAGGAAAGGGCCAGACCAGGCCCCAGCUGCUCUACAGACCCAUCUGCUGAAUCUCCGGGGCUCUGGCCAGGCUGGGAAUCUGGCCAUGGACCUCUCCUGCCCUGCGGGCCCUGGCAUGGAGGGCCUCCCUCGAGCCAGGAAGGUUGUGAGGCACUGCUGGCUUCCUCUUCUCGUGUCCAGGCUGCUUAUAUCCAGGUCUGCAUCUCUGGCAUGGAGGAAAUGGAGGGGAGACAUGGGUGAGAGAGGAGGUGGAAGAAAUUGGAGGUUCCCCAGUAUCAGGGAGAGACUUGUGCUUUAAAAUCUGGAGCCUUCUCUGGGCUGGGGAGAGGCAGCCAUGUGGGUCCCAGGGCCAGCAUCUGUGACAGACUGGGAGAGGCCUGGGGAUGGCGCUGAAACUGCACAAAAGGCAGGAUGUCAGGAGCAGGGCUGCCCAUUCCACCCGCAUGGCCCUGAGCUGCCCCAGCCACCCAACUCCCACAGCCAGCGGCUCGCCAGACCCAGAGGGAGCUCAGGGAAAAGGAAGUAGCGGUUCAGAUGGGGAGGAUACAGCCCAUCAGGUCUGCAGAAAGGACCCAGGCACGUGCAUGAGCGCAUUCACAGGCAGAUGUGUGCCCAUCCCAGCACAGGGCAGCAUGGAAACUGCACUGACCCCACCUGCGAGUCUACCCCACCCCCAUGGCAUGAAGUGGAGCAUCGGGGUAGGCCACCUUCUCUGCCCUCAAUGUUCAGAGACCACAGGGAGAGGGAAGCAAGGUGAGGUCCUGCUGUCCAUUCUGUUUCUUUGCGGGCUCCAGAAGGCAGGCCAAUCCACUUCCAUCUGGCUUCUUGUCCUGGACUACAUUAAGGACCUAGGCUUGGAGACUUGGUUUGAGGGUGGUAGUUGCAGGCCACAGAGUAGUGGAGGCAGCUCUGACUGCUUGAAAGGUUGGGGGGGGGGGGGAUGCUCCUUGCAAAGACUUAGGAAAUCUGGUCUGUGUUUAAAUUCUCCACCUCCACCCCAUCUGUGGAAAGUCUCCCUGUGUUGAUGCAGUGAGGAAGAAGAUCCUCUGUACCCGGCCUCCUACUAAGCCCUGGAGGCUGGGGACCAAUGCCAAGGGCAAGGCACUGGGCAGAGACAGACCCCAAGGGCUACACUGGCUAUGCAUAUACACGCAGCCAUGCGUAGUGGUCUGGUCACAUCACUGUCUUUGGUUGGCCAGGGACCCCGGGGAGGGCAUGUGUGGAUCCUCCAUUGGGCAAAUACCUCAUGUCAGGGGGUGAGGGCCCAGGAGGCCCCAUGGGGAAGGUUCUGGAUUUAUUCCCUCCUCUAGAUGCUAUAAAUACUUUGGUACUUGCACUAACUGGAGGGCUGUGGGUAAUUUGGGAUGCACAAAGCUGUAAUUUAACUCACAGCAUCUCUAUGUGAGAACAUUAAAGAUGUAAUUAAGAUGUUUA